CGGACUGCUGACUAUGGAGGGAUAACUUUUGUACUUGCCGAGGGCUCAUGAGGCUCCGUGUGCCUGCUGCUUCCGAGAGCUGCGCUGCUGCUUGGGCAAUAAUUGGACUGUAAUGCCAAUGCCAUGUGUUAGCCUUUCUCCAGAACUUAUAAAAGCAGAAUGAGUGUUAAGAAUCUGUUACCUUUUAACUAAAUUCAAAACAAAGUUGAGGGAUGAAGUGACUGGAAGCCCUGCAAGUCUGACUGGGAAUUGCUGCCCUGCAUGUUAUCUGCCUGUCUACCGAUUGUUCCUGCCUCUUGUUCAGUUGUGAUUUGAGUGUUGAUGCCAUGGAUGUAACAUGAGAGCAGCAGCAGGAUGUAGAGCACAAGCUGUUUAAACAACGUUUGGAUAAAGCUGCUAAUCGUGUGACUCCAGAAGCCGAGAGACAUGGGAAGAUGCUCUUCUGCCAUUCUUGCAUGGAUGCUCUCAUCGUCUUUCCAUCACUGUAUGCCUGCUAUGAUAUUCAUGGGAACAAGGGACGGCUGAAUUCACAGCGUUUUAAACACCACAAACUCUUGAAGAGUUUAUAGGACACAAAUCUAUUACACUGGCAGGAUCAGACAAGCUUCUCUGUAUGUGUGAAUAUAUGUAUUAUACUCAGUACUUUUGCGAGGCAAGUCCCUCUGAAAUUGGGACAAGGACUCAUUGAUGCAUUUCAGGAGCAAAGCUGCUGAGUGAACAGGCUUUUCCUACUAGAAAUCAAGCAGCUGCUCUGGCAGAACGCUGCGAUGGAGAGACAGGACGCUGUUUGAUGCAAGCAAAUGUCAAUUUAUUGUAUAGAAACAUGGGUAUAUAUACUUUCAGAAAUCGCGCAUUUUAAACAGAUUGGUUCUUUUGAGCUAAGCAUUGCAUACUAGGCAAUCCCCGGUUGGUGGUUAACUACCAUCAAUCAACAGCAAGGUGUUAUCUUUCCUUGGCGCCAUCCGUCCCCCACUCCUCUAUGCUCUCUCAAGCAUGAUUCAUCAUGUUAAUUGUUGUGUCUAUACAAGCUCGAGCACCAAUCCCUGCUGCAGUUCCAAGGUCCUCCAUGGAUCAUGAUCUUCUUUCCGCCUGCUUUAACACACACAAUCAUUUGUGCACACUUAGUCUUUGAACAAGCAGUUCCUAGUCACAUCUACUAAUUUUUCUAAAAAACCUGAAAGCACCUGUGUACACAAAUUGAUCAUCUAUUGUUCUUCUAUUCUCCUACUGAGUAACCUGACUAAGUUUUCAACCAGCCGUGGAUUAGGGCUGUGUAAGUGAUGAGGCCUGGUACUGCAAUGUAGCAGCUUCAGCACGUUAAGUUUCUUAAUUCAAAAUACAUUUCCUUUAAGAGACCCACCACGCAGCAGGUGCAGAAUGGGACCACACAGGAAGGGCUUUGGGGUGGCUCUCCAAAAGAAGCCAGUGGGUACUGUGGUGAUUAGGCACAGGGCUCAGGCAAGCAAGGCAGCCAGCACUUUGCUUCUGUGUGACCGGCUCCUUGAUCCCCCCUUCUCUCCAUUUGCUGUGCUUAUACGUGCCCCUCAUCUUCCCUGAGUCCUGCCUCUCUCAGCCCUGCUCUCCUCCCAGAGACGGGGCCAACCCCAGUUAUUUUUUCCCCCCUUUGCUCCCAGGUUUGCCCCAUCUGUCAACACACAUGGUCUUUGGGUGUUGUUAGCUAGGUCACCUUGGACUUGUGUGCCAUUACUGACGGGCUUGCCUGGGAACUGCUGUCCCUGCCAGAGUCCUCUCCGCCAAAUGACCCCAAUCUCUUCCUUCAAGCGUCUGUGAAGUGUGGCCACCUCUGACGGCAUUCUCCGCUAGCCACCUGCCAAAACCGGUGCUGAAAGAGCAGGGUUUCCCCAGCAGACAAGUUGUCUUCUCCAAGGCCGCCUUCUGCCUGCUCUCAGCAGACACGUGGGAACCGGCAGCCGGUCCCUUUUCAAAACACAAAGCAGCCUUGAGCCCGCUUGCUUGGAGGCCAGUUCUGGGGCCUAGGAAGCCCUGCUGCACCUCAAGGGCCUUGAGAGCAGCUCUUCCACUUUCAGACAGAGCCUGCGUGGUCCUCCUCCUCGGGACCCAAUUGCUCCCUCCGCUGUGCGCCUUAUGCCUCGCCACAGAAGCCAGGAUGGCAGCAGGGAGCUGCCGCACCUUUCACAAGCUUGGAGGCUGCCAACCUUCAAGCCAUUGCCCUCGACCCUCCAGGGACCUAGCCCUGCUGUGCAAAUGCAAUGCACGUGCCUGGCUCCUGCUUCUCUCCUGCACUCCAGCAGGUGAGUGAGCAAGGCUCCUUCAGUAAGCGGCAGAAGGCAGACUCAUGAGACAAGACUGAUGCAGGAUUCACCAAAGCCAUGGACAGCGAUGGCACGUAGGGCUGAGAGCAGGAGCAUCCUUCUCUCUUUAGAACUUCACAUUGCUUGUCCUUGCCACAAGUGGAUGCUCAGUGUGCGCCCAGAACUGCAAUCAAACUCAAAGACAGCAAGGAUAUGACACCUGCCAGAGCGCAUUGCUGUGGCUGACAUAGCCAGCGAGGACUGUGCUGCGCAUGCAUUUCACUGUGCUUUGUGCAGGAAGGUUGACGUUGCUGGGCUGUGCUUGGCUUAUUUGGCUUGCCCAGCACUGUUGCCAGCCGCAGCCAUAAGAGGCAUUGGCUCUUGGACACCGAAGCAUGUGCGUACUGCCUGUAGUAGCGCUGUUCUCUGGUGUCUGUUUUUUGAGAAGGACCCGGUGGCACAGGGCUGCAGAGAGCAGGGCGGCAGGGAACUCCCCAAAGAGGCUGCGAGGCCACGCUGGGUGUUGCCCUGUGAGCUGUUAGCAGGCAGAGCUGGAAGCCAGGUGCUGCUGCCUGCCACGGGGCCUGCCCACCCUGAUCGUGCAAGCAGGGCAUUGCGUGGGGCUCUGUCAGGGGUGUGCGAUCCCAGCUUCUGCCUCCAGUCCUGUUUGGAACCCCUCCUGAUCCCCGCACACCACCCCCAUCCCCCCUCCACCCACCACACCCAACACCACCACGCCCAGCACCCGGAACCAGACACUCUGUGACAUCAGCCCCGCAUCCAAGGGAACCCCAGGCAACAGGAAUCCUGCGGGCAGUACGUCGGCAGCCACACUGGUGGUGACAAGCCCUCGUUCUUGCAGCUGCCACAUGUUGCUGGUAGUGAUGGAUGUUCUCCUCCUCCUCGUUGUCCUGCUGGCCGUGUGCUGUCCUGUGCACGGCACAUGGGAUAGUUGUGGGGGGAGCUGUGGGCGGCCCAUUGCUUUUCGCUAUGGCAAGUUGCGUAUCGUGGGUGGCACAGAUGCCCAGCCAGGGGUCUGGCCCUGGAUCGUCAGCAUCGAGGCUCCCUUGGAAGGAGGCAUGGCGCACAUUUGCGGAGGCUCCCUCAUCAGGUCACAGUGGGUCCUCACAUCAGCCCAAUGCUUCAUCGAGGCCAGGAACAUCACCAUGUGGCAGGUGGUGGUUGGAGCCAACCGGUUGACUCAGCUGGGACCUAAGGCCCAGGUGCGCAACAUCAAGCGGCUGCUGGUUCACCAGCACUACAGUAAUGUCACACAGAGGAACGACAUUGCCUUGCUGGAACUGGAGCAGCCUGUCCAGUGCAACAGCUACGUACAGCUUGCCUGCGUGCCCGAUGCCUCGCUGAGAGUCUCGGAGCUGACAGAGUGCUACGUCAGUGGCUGGGGUGCCAGGAUUGCAAGAGCUGGAGGAUCGGCGUAUGUGCUGCAGGAGGCCCAGGUGCACCUCAUUGAUGCCGGGGUCUGUAACAGCAGCGGCUGGUACAGAGGGGCCAUCCACACCCACAACAUCUGUGCUGGCUAUCCGCAGGGUGGCAUCGACACCUGCCAGGGGGACAGCGGUGGGCCUCUUGUGUGCCAAGAGAAGAGCGCGGACUAUGUCUGGCUUGUUGGUGUGACCAGCUGGGGGAUGGGCUGUGCGAGAGCAAAGAAGCCCGGAGUCUACACCUCCACCCAGCACUUCUACAACUGGAUCCUGGAACAGAUGGGCCUGCACACAACAGUAACGACUACUGCAAGGCCACAGCCAGCCUUCGCCUCCACUCCUGUUCAGAGGCCAAGGCCAACACCAAUAGAAGUGGGAAGGUUUACGCCCUGCCCAUUUCCAGUGCAGAAGCUGCGGGAUUUACUUACUCGGCUGCAGGAGUUUGUGCAUUUCCUAAAGGGAGGAAAUGUUUGAGCAGCAGGACGAAGAGGAUCCAGGGCUGGCUGCAGCGCACCACCACCAUUUCCCGCUGGGGCAAUGCCUGCUGAUGCAAAGGCAGCCUCAGUGUCAAAGGCCUGCUCUGUCCUGCCCGCGCUCCUCUCAACGGAAGAGCUCAGCUGGCUGAGUCCCUGCAAUAAAGUGUUUCAGUUCUGUGGCUAACCAGGCGCCAGUCCUCUUCAGUCUCGUGUGCAAGGCCAGGACUUCCACGCCCGGCACCUGCCGGAGGAAGCAGGCUGCAGGCAGACAAGUCGGGCACAAAGGGUCACAGCAAAGGGCUGAAGCUCUGCCUGCUCAGCAAGAAGGAUGAGGGUGCAGUGGAACAAGGGAAGGCAGGUCAUUGCGGGGCUCAGGGCCUUGGGGAUGGCAGCUGGAAGCACAGAAUACCUUAGGCCCGCUCCUGGUGGGAUCCCUGUGUGUGUCUGUAUGAGGCACAAGCGAACUUGAACGUGGACUCUCAGGGCCCAGGAAACACAGAUCUAGAAAGACCCAAGGCUUGCACCAGGCACUGGUGAGGGAGCCUUGGCUCUGAGCCCCACAUAUGACAUGGACUUAAUUUCUAGACAGUUAUCUGAGGCAUCUACGAACACGCUGUGCUUAUGAAUCCAGGGAGUGAAGCUGUGUUGCUGUUUCAGUAGAACAUGCCAUCUUGAUGCUCUGGAAACGCAGGAAAUGCCUGGACUGCAUUCACAUGGGUGUAAGCAGUGGUUACAUCUGCAGGGAUGCUUGUCAAGGCAUUGCUUUGUCUGUGUCAAUCUGUUUUGCCUUUCACAUUCA